AUGAGCUCCCCAAUAACAAAGAGCCGUUCCCUCGCCGCCUUCCUGCAGCGGCUGGGCACCCCCGGGCAGCCACCCAGACCUGUGACAUCUUCAGCGUGCGCGCCUUCUCCGCCGCGAGAGGUGCCCCUCUGUCCGCUGGCGGAGUACCACAAAAAGUACGGCAAGAUUUUCCGCAUGAAGCUGGGCUCCUUUGACUCGGUGCACCUGGGCUCGCCGUGCCUGCUGGAAGCGCUGUACCGCACCGAGAGCGCGUACCCCCAGCGGCUGGAGAUCAAACCGUGGAAGGCCUACCGCGACUACCGCCAAGAAGGCUACGGACUGCUGAUCCUGGAAGGAGAAGACUGGCAGAGGGUCCGGAGCGCCUUUCAAAAGAAACUUAUGAAGCCAGUGGAAGUUAUGAAGCUGGACAACAAAAUCAAUGAGGUUUUGGCUGAUUUUAUGGGCAGAAUAGAUGAACUCUGUGAUGAAAGAGGCUACAUUGAAGACUUGUACAGUGAACUGAACAAAUGGUCAUUUGAAAGUAUCUGCCUUGUGUUAUAUGAGAAGAGAUUUGGUCUUCUUCAGAAGAAUGCAGGAGAUGAAGCUUUGAACUUCAUCACAGCCAUCAAAACAAUGAUGAGCACAUUUGGGAGGAUGAUGGUCACUCCAGUGGAGCUGCACAAGAGCCUCAACACCAGGGUCUGGCAGGAUCACACGCUGGCCUGGGAUACCAUCUUCAGAUCAGUCAAAUCUUGUAUUGACAUCCGAUUAGAGAAGUAUUCUCAGCAGGCUAGCGCUGAUUUCCUUUGUGAUAUUUACCACCACCAUCAGCUUUCAAAGAAAGAACUAUAUGCCGCCGUCACAGAACUCCAGCUGGCUGCAGUGGAAACGACAGCUAACAGCUUAAUGUGGAUUCUCUAUAACUUAUCCCGGAAUCCCCAAGUGCAACAAAAGCUUCUUAAGGAAAUUCAAAGUGCAUUGCCCAAGAACCAGAUGCCACGGGCAGAGAAUUUGAGGAAUAUGCCAUAUUUAAAAGCCUGUCUAAAAGAAUCUAUGAGACUCACUCCAAGUGUGCCAUUUACAACACGGACUCUUGACAAGGCAACAGUUCUGGGUGAAUACGCUUUACCCAAAGGAACAGUGCUGAUGCUAAAUACCCAAGUAUUGGGGUCCAACGAAGACAAUUUUGAAGAUUCAAGUCAGUUUAGACCUGAACGUUGGCUUCAAGAGAAGAAAAAGAUCAAUCCUUUUGCACAUCUGCCAUUUGGCAUCGGGAAGAGAAUGUGCAUUGGGCGCCGGUUAGCUGAGCUACAGCUCCAUCUGGCUCUUUGCUGGAUUGUCCGCAAAUAUGACAUUGUGGCCACUGACAAUGACCCUGUCGAGAUGUUGCACUCGGGCAUUUUGGUGCCCAGCCGGGAGCUCCCCAUCGCAUUCUGCCAGCGAUAA